GGAAUAUCCGCAACUAAAUGUUUAUAAAAUAUUUGAGCUGUCAAAAUCGACUUAGUGCUGCGGCUCGUUUUUCCCCGGUUAUUUGUGGCGUUCUGAGUGGACUUUCUCGUUCGAUAUUGGUGUACUUAUUGCAAAAAUUCUACAUUGUGCGAAAUAAAUCGACUUCGCCAUUAAAACCGUGCGACAUGGAUAAUAUCACGAAAGUUUGGACUGGCCCGCUGCCGCCUGACUCGCCCUACGUCAGACCCUAUCGAUUCUACUUCGUGCAGAAUGGGGUCGAGAAGAACUGGGAUCUGCUCAAAGUGCACGACAGCGUUUCGAUUAUUCUCUUCCAUCGGACACGUAAAACAUUGAUUUUCGUUAAGCAGUUUCGACCAGCCGUUUACCAUUCAAUAGUUACAAGCGAAGUUGGCAGCCUUGAAGUUGAUUUGAAGCAGUAUCCACCAAAACUUGGCAUUACAAUAGAACUUUGCGCUGGCAUAGUUGACAAAGCAAAGAGUUUCGCGGAGAUAGCACGCGAAGAGGUAUUAGAGGAAUGUGGUUAUGAUGUGCCUUCAGAGCGACUAGAAGAAGUCUUAACGUUUAGGGCUGGAGUUGGAUCUACAGGGCCCUUACAAAAAAUGUACUUCUGUGAGGUAACUGAUGACGAUAAGGCCACAAAAGGCGGCGGUGUUGACGAUGAAAUAAUUGAAGUAGUAGAACUUUCAAUACCAGAAGUACGUGAAAUGAUUAAACAAGGCGCCUCAGUUAAUAGUCCUCCCAGUUGUCUAUUCGGAAUAAUGUGGUUUUUAGCUAAUAAGUUAGAUAAAGAUCUGUGAUUUAUGUUUAAAAGACCUAAAUUAUAACAUUAAAUGAUAUAAUUUUGAUCGGAUAGAAAAAAA